AUGGGGCUUCAGUCCCCGCCACAUAGCCCCUCUCUCGCUGCCCAAGCCUCUAGUAAUCGACUCAUGUCGCAUUCCAAAUCCUGGAAUGAUACAUCAAUUAUUAAACGAGGAAAGACAAUUAGAGAGGGGCCUGCCUACAACAUCCGGGAAGAGUGUGAGAGACUCUUUUGCGAGACAAUGAGGGUAGCUUUCCUUGGUGAAGAAGGAACGAUACUCUACGUUGGCUCUUACGUGAUGGGUGUGGGCGAACAUGAUUCUGACAAGGGAACAUGUAACAGUUCUAGUACGAAUAGAACAGAAUCGAUUGACGCUUUCAUAGAAGUUUGGGAUUACGUUGGGGGAUGUAACUUUAGAGGCUUUGUUGUCCAGGAAGGAAAUAAGAAAGAUUUGUUCAUUUUCUUUGACUCUUCUAUUCUUCAAAAGGAUCUAAAACAAGGACUUUUGGUCCUCUUUGGCCUCGCAGAAGAGGUAUUUGCUGUAUCAAGAGUUGUUAUUUGUCUUGGCAGGUCGAUUGAUAAUUUAAGUCGCAACUCGCUCAUGAAAAAUCUCCGCUGGGUUGGAUUUGAGCCCACAACGUUAAGCCCUUGGCUUAAUCGCCUCAGUAUAACAAGCGAUAAAUGGCUCUUUCUCGGAUUAGAAAUGUAG